AUAAGUUACUGAUCCAACGCUAUAGCAGUGUUCCCGAGUAGAUUACAUGCAUUGUACUAAUAAUACCUUGUGGGGAAUUCCAAACGUAUACAAGUAAGAAUCAGGAUUAAUAUUUUUCCUGAUCACACUUCAACACAUUACUGAUGCAUCAUGCAUAAUAGCAUUGCAUAAUCUCUUAACUCUGAGCAAACAUUUUAACGUAAACUUCGUCAACAAUAUGAAUAAAGCCUCCCUUUUCCGCCAUUGCUGAUGUAAAUUAUUUAGGUCAUUUAAAACUAAAUGAUAGCCAAAUUAUGUUAAAUUAUAACUUGUUUAUAUCCAGCUUGUGAUAUUCUACUGCAAAACUAGCGUUAGUUGUUGCUUCCCGUUUUCGAGUUUUAAGUGCUACUGGAAAUGACGAAAUACAAAGACAAAGACGACGAGGAUAUAUUCUAUACUUCACGUUUUUAAUGCAGAGUAAAUGUUUCACUGAUUUAUUGCUCGGAGUCAUGUAAGUCAUUUCACGGUGAACUGCGCUUUUUCGGUGUGAAUUUUUCGCAUAUUUGUGAAAUCGUAGUUGUAUUAUCUCGAUUGCGAAGUUCUCGACCCCCGACUGUUCAGUCCUGCUGGCAAUGGAAAUUUGCCAGUCAACGAAUGGCGAUUGCAAGGCGAAGACGGGAGUAUAUUUAGAGCAUCAAGUUUCAAGUGGUAAGGAAUAUCAAGCACCUCCUCCUCCUAUUUCAGAACUCCCCUUGUCCACCUUACCUGCAAGAACUGGGCUCAAGAAGUGGAAUUCAACUCCAGUUAUCCACAAAGAUUUUUCGACGCGUACAUUUCCUUCAGCUCGGAAGGCGCCUAACUCCGAAGAACAUAGAGAAGCAUUCCUGCGUUCCACCGAGCAUAUUUUAGCGACAUUUUAUGGUCUUGUGUUUAUAAUAGAAGGAACCGAGUGGCAUAUUUUGAAAUCAGAAUAUCUUCCCAUAUAUUUCGUGAGAGUUUCAGUCAAGGAUGUUAAAUAUCCUUUCAGAAUCUUGGUAAUUGACAACGAAAGUGAAAAUCAUGUCAGGGUUGUCGAUUUCAUUGUAAACUGUAGAACGAAAACAAGCAUAAAAGAAGUCGCUGUGUGUUGGCAAGAUAAAGAGACAUUUGGAGCAAAAUUUUCCAGCAAAUCGCACGCAUUUCAGUUUUAUGAUACUAUAUCAAGAAUGGCUUCAACGUUGAGAAAAGGAGAAGAGCUGGAAUUUAAAAAUUCGGACCAGAUGGUAGUUCUUGAGAUCUGUCUUCCAAAUUCUGAGACCCGGUCAUACAGGUUUUAUAAGACUGACACACUAAAAGGUGCUCUAAAGAUGGUUUGCACGAGAGAAAAACUCCGCAUAAGUGAUCAUUACUUUCAUCAUAUGCAACGAACAGAUGAUAGUCUUGAUAUGGCGCUUAGAGUUGGAGAUUUAAGAACAGACAAGAUACGAAUAGUAUCCAGAAAAGAAAGGCAAGCAAGUUCAUCGGACACCAUAGACAAGAUCACGGAUGAAUUUCAAGGAAGUGAUUGUAACGACUCGGCUGUAGCAGACCGUCAAUCAUCACACACACUAGCCAGAGCGACAAAAAGCGAUACUUCGGUCGUGAAAACAGCUUCAAAUACUCUGCCCCAACGAAAUGUUAAGAGAAAAGCACCUCAACCACCAAAAUUAGUGAUACCGAAAUAUGGACAAACUACGCCUGUAGUUAACGGUUACCCCACAAUCGGUGGAAAGAAAAUGACUAAGAAACGUCGGGCACCAUCACCACCGAACGCAGCCAUUCCAGAAAUACCAACAAACGAUGGUAUGUCCCCAAGCCAAAAUGACUUAAAAGAAACCACACCACCGUCUCCAAGAUCUAUAAAUACUGAAGUAAGUGUGUCACUCUCAGAGACAGAACAUGAAGUAAACCAAAUAUCUCAAGCCAGUGAACAUAAACCACUCUUUCCUGUGUUCAUUGCUCCACCGCCACCCGAGAGUACCCCACCGCCUAUAGAUGAAUGCGAAACUCCUGUGGGACCAAUUGAUUCAGAACAGGAUGACGGUUCAGUGGAGAUUCCAGUGGAGAUCAAUGGUAUAAUUGAGGAUACUAUGUCACUUGACUCCAAGUCUUCAGAGAAGAUUGAAAACGAGGCUAUUAAGGAUGUUGAGGUUAAAGUGGAAGUGGAGUUAAACGACACUGAUAGCGGUACAACGGAAAGUAGUAAAACGGAAAACAAAACUGUUUCGCAAAUUGAUAAUCAGAAUGGACUACCAGAGGUGGGGACAACUGAAUUUAACGCGAUGGUAGCUGAAGGAAAAGACACUGUUGACGGGGAUUUACCAUUAAAGAAAAAUGAAUUGAAUAUUUCUAACUCAAUAGAAGUAAACAAGCCAGAAGACAUUAACGAUAAUAAAAUACCACAAAACCAGGAAAUUCGUGAUAUGACUCCGGAACAGUUACAAGCUUUGUUAUUAAAAACACAAAAUCCACAAGAGCCAUUGAACCUUCAGAAUCAGCAGCUGUUUGCCAUGCAACAAAAUCAGCAAAUGUUAUCUAACAUUCUUCUACAACAAAUGCUUCAACAACAAAUGGCACAACAGCGUCAGCCUAACAUACUGCCUAUGAUGGGCGGAGUGAUGCCUAACAUAUCACCAUUGCAUCCUAUGCAGCCUGGUGGAAUGAUACCACCAGUUGCAACUAUACCUGCGGCACAAGCUCAAAUGAAUGGCCACAAUUACCAAGCACCUAUGUGGCCACAACCACAACCACCUCUUCAACAUCCACAAUCGCCUGUUCAACCAUUACCGGCUCAAGCCAUUCCACCAAAUGAGCCAAAACCAACAGACGAAGUUGAGUCCACAAUCAAUUCAACAGACGGUUCAACGAAGGAGCCAGGCUCUGAAUCAGGUACUCAGACUGAGCCAAAAACCCCUCCUCCUGUGAAAGAAGAAGAGUUAGUUAACCGUCCUUUAUUCAAGAAAAUGCUCGCUCAAGUAUCACAAGGGAAAAUUCAAGGGGUUCCUCCAAAAUUAGCCAAGCAAACAAGCUAUGAGUCUGAAACCACUCCAAAAUCUCCAGUUUCUCCUACAGGUAAAAUUACCAAAGUUCCAACAUCAUAUGUUUCGAGUGCUGAGAAAAAUAUCCCUCAGUCAAAACCCGAGGAAGAGAAAAGAACUCCAAUUAUUAUUGGUGAAAUUGGGCGAAAGUCAUCUUAUGUUGACAGUGCUAUCGGAAAGAAAAACGUUGACAGCCUAAUUCAAAAUGAUGUUAAGGUUGCAAGCACAGUUCCUGAGAGUAGCCCCGUUACAGUAAGCAAACCUCUAACAAUGGUUGUUAAUGAAGAUUCCGCAAAAAAUCAACCAGAUGGACUUUCUAAACCUAACUUCCCAAUUGAAAAAGCAUCUCAGCAUUUGGUAAUUGAAACGGACAGCCCCAAAAUUUCGCCCAGUACUCCUAUUGAAAGCGUAACCAAACCUCGUAGUCCGAACGACAAAUCAAAUGCAAUCUCGUCGCCAAAUGGUCCAGUUGAGAAUAUUUUGAUGGAUAAUAAAACGGUGGUGAACGUGAGUAUAAAAGCUGACGAGAAACCGGAACAAGCACCUCCAAUUCAGAUGUCCAGUAUGACAGGUGGGGUUUCUCUUCCUAGUCGGGAUUAUGAAAGAAAAUUCGUCCCUAUUAAUAAUAACCUAAAUUUUUCGGCCAAGCCUGAAAUUUCUAAGCCGGAGGCAAUUGUGGUAAGUCACAAUCCUCGACCGGCAAAACCUCCUGUAGUCUCACCUAAGCCACGCAACCUUUCUUCGAGUACUAGUAACCCUCUUUCCCCAACAAAUCCUCCUGUUAAUACACAUAAGGAAUACAACCGAGAGGUCUCCGCAAAAAGUCAUGAUCCAUCGAACCAGGAACACACAGUUAGUAAACCCCAAAAUGUGACCUCCGUAGCAGAGCAGGCGGCACGAUUAGCAGCUGAAAAAAGAAACUCGUUGAACACUGCACGCAAAUCGAGUUUCGAGGAGCCAUUGCUGGGAGGAUUACGAUAUCAAAAAACCAUUGUUCCACCUCUUUCCACAUCAAAUACGACGUCCACUCAACUCAGCCGAAAUGGCGUUCAGUAUAAAGAUUCUACAGCUGGUAAUAAAAAUGAAGGCGUUAAGCCAAUCGUCGCAAAGAAGCCAAGACAUCUUUCAGAACCGAGGCCUGCGGUUGCAAAUAAACCUACCUAUGACAUUAGGCAAACUAAGACUUUACCAAAGACUAGAAAAGCACAACAUCUUCAAAUUUCUCUAAGUUUAACUCCAGAAGAACGAAUGCAAAUUCACAACCAUUCAUCUGGGAAAUAAGAAUAAUGAAGAAAUGUUGAUGCAGAUAUGGUACGAGAUGUUCCCUACUCGGAGACUAUUCUAUAUAACAAAAAUGCACGUUUAGUUGUUGUGUUGGCUUAUGGGCGUUGGCCUUAAUGGUCAUGGAGUUAUGAAAGCGUUAUCAAUUGCAUUUCGUAUUCUAUAAUUGCACUCAGUUCAUAUAUGCAUGUGUGCAUAUACCCCUUAUGGUAGACGUAGUGACUCAGUACAUUACUGAGGACAUAUAAGGAAGUAGUGUUUUAUAUUACUCGGGAGCAGGUAUAGUACCCACGGCAAGUGCCUCCACUCCGUCGGACAGUGUUCUUUUCAACAGUUGUAAUAAUGCAAAAAAAUUGCAGAUUUGGAACUAACAUUUAAAAAAGAACACUAUCCGGUGGACAGCGCUAUCCAACUGCCCCCUAAUGUUUUUCAGGUAAUGCGUGAACCGUGUUAUGUUAUAAUUGUUGUGCUAAUUAAGUCUUGCGUCCUAGUAUUUGCUAUAUAUAGGAGUCCAUAGUUUUUUUGUCUUAUGUAUUUUUGUGUUUUGUUUAGAUGUUCUUUUGUGGUAUAUAUGUGUGUUCCGUUGCAAUGCAGUUUUGCCGGUGUUGUUUGUCGCGGAGAUAUUAAUUAUUGUUGUUGUAUUGCCAUGUUGUGUUGUGUUUCGCUGUCCCUAUACCCAAAAUAUAAUCAUUUUCGAAAAAGUUUGCACACAAUAUAAUAAAGUAACGUAUACAGUUAUUAACAUGAAUAAGCCCAUGAACCAUUAACAUGAAAUUUUGGCCCCCAUUUUCAGCAAUGUAAUGAUUCUUGCAAAGUAUUUAUUUUUACAUAUUGUUGCUGAGCACAUAUAAAUGUAUAACUUGCACAUUGAAAUUUGAUGAUAAAGC